AUGAUAUACAGUAGUUUACCUAGUGGAGCUGAUAUCAUUAGGUAUGGAGCAAAAGGAAGUGCUGUAAGAAUAGAGGUAGUGGUGUAUACAGGCAGAGAAGGAAAAAGUUCCCAGGGGUGUCCAAUUGCCAAGUGGGUGAUACGGAGAAGUGGUGAUGAAGAAAAAUUGCUGUGCUUAGUUCGUCAGCGUGCAGGACAUCACUGCCAAACGGCUGUGAUUGUGAUACUUAUUUUGGCUUGGGAAGGAAUUCCUCACCUUCUUGCUGACACAUUGUAUAAGGAACUGACCCAGAGUCUCAGAAAAUAUGGCUGUCCAACUAGCCGUAGAUGUGCAUUAAAUGAAGAUCGUACUUGUGCCUGUCAAGGUCUCGACCCAGAGACAUGUGGGGCAUCCUUUUCAUUUGGCUGUUCUUGGAGCAUGUAUUACAAUGGCUGUAAGUUUGCCAGAAGCAAAAUCCCCAGAAAAUUUAGACUUCUCACAGAUGAUCACUCCCAAGAAGAAAAUCUGGAAAACAAUUUGCAGACUUUAGCUACUGAUGUGGCUCCAUUAUAUCAAAAACUUGCCCCUGAUGCUUUCCACAACCAGGUGGAGAAUGAGCAUCUGGGUCCUGACUGUCGUCUUGGGAGCAAGAAAGGCCGGCCUUUCUCUGGUGUGACAGCUUGCAUUGAUUUCUGUGCCCACGCACACAAGGAUACUCACAACAUGCACAAUGGAAGUACUGUGGUUUGUACUUUAACAAAAGAAGACAACCGUAUAGUAGGUGUGAUACCAAAUGAUGAGCAACUUCAUGUAUUGCCUCUUUACAAAAUAUCACAAACAGAUGAAUUUGGCACAGAAGAAGGGCUGGAAGCCAAGAUUAAAACUGGGGCAAUCCAGGUGCUAACUGCUUUCCCCCGCGAAGUGAGGAUGUUAGCUGAGCCACGUAGGGCAACCAAGAAAAAACCAGAUGCAAAAAAGCAAAGUUUAGCUGAAAAAAAGCAUUCUGCUGCUGUAAGGGGAAAAAAUGGAUUGCCAGAAAAUACUAAGAGAGCAUCACAAAGUUCAGGGACCAAAAUAAAUAUAGUACAACCUGAGACAAAAAUGGAGACAGCUGAAUACUUUCCAAGCAUAAAACCUAAUUUAGGGAUUGCUACCGAUUGCUCCCCAUUGAAGCAAAGUUCUCCAUCUUCUCCUUUAAAACUGGAUAGUUUAUCUCUUGCUCUCCAUUAAGGUAGUCUAAUGCCAGUAACUAAUAGCCAAGAAGAUGUUUCUACUCCCUACGGGUAUUUACAAUGCAGUAGUAAUAAACCUCACGUGACAUCCAAAGGUAAUAAUAACUUUGACAUGUCCACUCGUGAUUAUACUGGAAUUGUGAUGGAUGAGAAGAGAAAUGGUGUGCCUCUGCUUCUUCAAGACCUGACUAUGUCCAGGUCAUCAGACAACAGAGAGAAUCUGCCCCUGACCGCUGAACACAAACUAGUUAACAAGCAAAAUUGUGAAGUUAACUUAAAGUCCUCUUCUGUGUCCCAGGUAGCUAGCUCUUGUGAGUCAAUGUUGCAACUGGGCACCCCAGAAGAUGUCUCUAGCAAUGGUUCUUCCCAAGAGCACCCCAUGCAAAAGAGUGGAUUACGGCAAAGCCCAAGUUGUGUAGAAAACGGAUCCAGCGGCCAGCUCUUAAAGCACACAGAUUCUGAAGAAAAAGCAGAAGAAAUGUGGUCUGACAGCGAGCAUAACUUUUUGGACAAUGACAUUGGUGGGGUAGCUGUAGCACCAUCCCAUGGUUCCAUCUUAAUUGAAUGUGCACGGCGCGAACUUCAUGCCACCACGCCUCUUAAAAAGCCCAACAGGAACCAUCCCACACGGAUCUCUCUAGUCUUCUACCACAAAAACUUAAAUGAGCCAAAACAUGGGAUAGCCCUGUGGGAGGCCAAAAUGGCAGAGAGAGCAAAAGAGAAGGAAGCUAGAAAAUCAGGAACUGAAGCCACCGGUCUGCCAGCCACUGACAAGAAUGCAAAUCAGACCAAUGCAACCCAAGAGAUUUUCUACAAAGAAAAUGAAUUCAACCAAAUUCCAUCUCGCAGAGCAUUAACAGUAACUCAUGAUAUUCUAACGGUGUCUACUUAUGCCCUCACACAAGUUGCAGGGCCCUACAACCAUUGGGCAUAAGCUCUUAUAGCAACAACACAACUUUUGCCUUGGAGCAGUGUUACACAAUCCUAAAGGUGCUGUUAAAGAACAAAGUCUCAUAUGGUUUACUCUUUGUUCAUCUCAACCAUUUUGAAGGCUGAGGUAAAAAUUAUUUUGUUUUUAAACUGUGACUUUAUAAUUUUAACAUCUGGUGAUUCUCAAGUGUGUGUGUAUAUAUAUGUAUGUGUGUGUGUGCAUGUGUAUUCACAUGCAUGCACGUGCACGCAUGCACACAUCUUUUAAGAAAAUUUGGCUAGAUUAUUAACUGAUUGAAUUACUUGGUUUAUUACCUUUUGGAAUUUAUACUUUGGUGCUUUGAAUCGUCUGUUUAAUAAAUAGACUUUUCAUAAAGAUUUUAACUGAUUUCAUCUUUUAUUAUGUAAAAUCAAGUUAGACAGUAUUAGCUAUACACAGCUCUUGGUGCUUAAUCAUAUUGAACAGUUAAAAAUAAGCUGAUUUUAUUUCUUCAUGGUGCCAUUGCUCUUACAGCUUCCAAUCACUUGCUGUGAAUCCCAGCUUAAGGAGAAAGAACCAAUGAUGAUUUAUUUGUAUAUAGAUUUUUUCAUGUAUGUAUAGUUUGUGCAUGUGUGUAUGAUCCACAUGCAUUCACAUGCAAACAAAUAUCACUAGUAAUGAUUGGAGGUUAUAAAUGUAAAUACAUAUAAAUAUAUAUUUAAAAGCACUUUCUUUUUAAAGUUAACUUGAAAUAGUAUAAGGAUCACAUUUGUCUAAGGUUUGUGCAUUCUCUACCAAGGAAUUUAUUUUUCUUACUAUAUAAAGUUCCAUAUUGCUACAUCAAUUCAUAGAUAUUGAAAAUACUUGGGUUUUAGAAUCUUCCCUUCUCUUUUUUCCAUUGCUUUUGUUUCUAAAUAAAAAGGGUAAUAAAGUCCAGAAAAUUCAUUAUUUGCAAAUAAAUUAAGUUGUUUAUCUAUACUUGUAUUUCUAGGGUCUUUUUUUAAAAAAGAGUUAUAAUUUGAGCAAUAAGGGCAAAUGUUAUCUCAUAGGGGGCAUUCCAAGUUUUAUGGGACAAUACAAUUGGGCCUCAUCUAGGGAUAUCGUUCCAUAGAUCUUGAAGUCACCCAACUUGGAAAGAUUUUUUCUAGGGCCUCAAUGCAUAAAUUGCAAUGCCUUGUUAACAUGUUGGAUUUUAAGAGCUCUGCCCUAUCAGCAGUGUAGGAUACAUCUGAAUUUAUUAUGCAUCCAAAAUGUUCUUGAGUGGGGAGCUGCCCAUCAACCUGGUUUAGGCAGGUUUACUUGAAGCUCAAUCCCAUUGUGUUCAGUGGGCUUUCUGCCAGGUAAAUAAACAUCUGAUUAUUAUAAUCAGUUUUCUCCUCUCCUUCACCGCUGAAUAAGACAUACUGAGAUAUCCAAGUGAUCAAUUCCACAAAACAUGCAUAGUUCCCCAUCCCACUUGAUAUCUCCAGCCAGGAAAUAAGGUCUGUAAUGGGUAGCGGUCUGUGUUGGAGACCCAUCCAGAAUAUAGUGUCCGACUUCUUGGUGGCAAAAUAACCAUGUAACAACACGUCAUUUCCUCUUUGCAUUAUACUCUUUUCUGAAUGGUAACCCAUGCAGCAUUACAGGCUCAGAGAGUUUGCCAUUUUUUUCCAACCUGGGAACACUAUUCAAUGUUCCAGCUUGCACUUCAUGUACCAGAGUUUGUUAGUUGAACUACUAAGUGCAAAGGCUGGAUUGAUCAAAUCAACUUUGUGUUUCAGUCAAGAACCAGGGAAGGCAACUGCCAAGGUAUAGUAAGUCUAAAUGGGGAUUUGACUAAAGGGAUUGAGUUGUGCAAGGCAGAGUUCCAUUUUGUAGACAGAACGUAACUAGAUUGAAAUUCCCAGUUCAAUACUAGAGACAGAAUGAUGUCUUCCAGCAGACCUGAAAACUGCCAACUAGCUGAACAGAUAUAACCAUGGCUGGGUUUUCCCCAACAUCUUGCUACCGCUUCUCAUUUCUUAGCACCUUUCAUUUGGAAUGGCCACAUCCUUUGUUAAUGGAAGCAGCAUUUAAAUGAUCCAUAUCAUAGUAGCUUUUAAUAUUAAAUCCCAAAAAUCUCAAAUGUGAUACAAUAGCAUAUGUGUGGUGUAAAUUACUUUUUCUCAGUUUCGAUGAGAAGCAGAACUAUUAAAAUACAGCUCAGGACUUCUGGCAACUAGAAUCAGGAGAAUUUGGUACAUUUGGAAUGAAAAAAAGGGAAGAAGAAAUUACCAUAAGUAACAAGAUCAUAAUUUUAGACAACUGGAUGCCAGGGCUUUUAUCAGUCUUAAUUAAUUCCAUGCCAUGGUCUGAAUUACAUAACAUUAUUGAAGCUAAACAGUGAGUUUGACCAAUCCCAAUUUGAGUAGGCUUGAGUGGAUGUGAACCAGACCUUGAUUCCAAAUAAUAAAUUAAUUAAAUCACCUAGCAUCCAUUUGUCCUAAUGACAGCAUCUUAAUUUUAAACAUUAUGAGACUAUCUCAGCUUUUCUUUUUUUGUGGUGAUUUGAAUUGGCCAGUUGCUAUCACUGUGAGUAAACACACCCUUUAGUUUAUACACAAGAAGGAAGCUAUUUACUAAUAAUCCAAUUUAAUCAGGGCAGUCAUAUGAGGUUAAUUCUUGAUUUUACAUCCCUCUCUCCUAUUCCUGCUCCAUGAUGUACAUAAGUGCCACCAGAAUAACCAGAAAUAAAAUAUUUGUGAUAACAUACUUGAUAAUACUCUUUAGUGGUGCUGUAACAAAUUUCUAGAUCUGCUUUUUAAUAAAAUCUAGACAUGCUGCUUUUAUAUAGAUGUCUACCCUUCUGUGUUUAAUCUGAAAAUAUAAUUCAGGAAAAUGAAAAAUAGUUGAUUUAUAUAGUUUGUCCAGCUUGCGCCAAAGAAUUUGCUGAAUGGCGAUCUAUGGAGUGGAAGUAAAAAAUAUAUUAAAGGCAUUAGGU